GGCAGCAGCGCACGCGUGUUUCUGCUGAAAGCCUGCAAGAAUAACUUCUUAAGUUUUAACUUAUCUUACUAACGUUAGUCAGCUUGAAGAAAAUGCCUCCCUCUCGCAGAACGCGCCAGCAGACUUCCCUUCCAUCUUGUACCAGGAUGAGUUUGAGAAGCUUCCGGAAUGUGCCCCUGGUUCCUAUGGAAACCUCGUCUUCCUCCUCUGACGACAGCUGUGACAGCUUUGGUUCUGAUGGCUUUGCCAACACUAGGAGAGCCUCCAGAAGGACCAGGGCGACAGCGGAGAAGUCCACCGUGUUUGAGGCACCCAUGGAUGAAGAGACAAACGAUGAGUUUGAAACAAACAACGUCAGCAGUGUGAUGGAGUCGAUGACGGUGGACUCCGAUUCGGAGACCCCGGAGCCCCCCCGCCGUUCCCGCCGCUCGCACACCCUGAAGGUGGCCAUGAAGUUCCCCACCAGGAGGAGCGUCCAAAAGAAGACGCCCCCCGCGGAGCCCCUCCCCCAGCCAAAAGAGACAGAGGCCGACUCGGACGAGGGCGAAAGCUUCAUGGACAAGAGGGCGCUCAACAUCAAGGAGAACAAAGCGAUGCUUGCCAAACUGAUGGCGGAGUUGAACAAAGUACCAGGGCUGUUUCCAAAGAGGAUGUCUCUGCCCGCCACAAACACGCCGCGCCGCGUCCCGCAACGUUCAUUGGGCACCCCGGCCUCCCUCAGGAGGAACCCUGAGCGCCUCUCUCGGCCCCACACGCGCUCCCAGUCCCUCGUCGACGGCCCCCCCAGCCCCCCUCCGGAGGAAGACCCCGAGGACAAAUUUAGCCUUGUGCGCAAGAGCCGCUACUAUGAAGAGGUGGAGGAAGAGUGGAGGGAGCCUCGCAGACGCAGCUACAACGGCGUGCUGGCCAUCCCCCACGUGGUGCGGCCCGUGGAGGAGAUCACGCAGGCCGAGCUGAACAACAUCUGCUCCACCGCCAGCGAGAAGAUCUACAACCGCGCCACGGGCUCCACGUGCCACCAGUGCCGCCAGAAGACCAUCGACACCAAGACCAACUGCCGCAACCCCGAGUGCGUGGGGGUGAGGGGCCAGUUCUGCGGGCCCUGCCUCCGCAACCGGUACGGCGAGGAGGUGCGGAACGCCCUGCUGGACCCUGACUGGCGCUGCCCACCUUGCAGAGGCAUCUGCAACUGCAGCUUCUGCCGGGCGCGAGAGGGCCGCUGUGCCACCGGCGUGCUCGUCUACCUGGCCAAGUACCACGGCUACGACAACGUGCACGCCUACCUGCUCAGUCUGAAACGAGAGCUGGAGGCGAGCCAGUGAACCAAUCAGCUGCAGCCUGUCCCACCCCCCUGCUGUUCCUGACCAAUGACAUCUCU